AUGUCACCAGCUCACACGGAUACUAAACAGUCUGGAGCAGCCAGAGUAUUUGGAUCUGCAAGUGCAGGGAUAUGUGAGAUCGCCGUCUUUCACCCGGUGGAUACCAUUACCAAGAGAUUGAUGUCAAACCAAGGAAAGAUUACAUCUGCUAGCCAAUUAAACACGGUUAUCUUUAGAGAGCACGCAUCAAAAGCAUUAUCAUCUAGGUUAUUCACCUUGUUUCCAGGAUUGGGUUAUGCCGCAUGCUACAAAAUUUUGCAAAGAGUCUACAAGUAUGGAGGUCAACCGUUUGCAAAUGAGUUCUUAACUAAGAAUUUCAGAGACAAUUACGAGGCUUGGUUUGGUCCUAAAACUGGUAAGGCCUUGUUAUCUGCUAGUGCAGGAUCUUUGAUUGGUAUUGGGGAGGUUGUUUUAUUACCGUUGGAUGUUUUAAAAAUCAAGCGUCAAACUAAUCCUGAAUCUUUUCGUGGUAGAGGUUUCAUUAAAGUGUUGAGAGAUGAAGGCUUUGGUUUGUAUAGAGGUUGGGGCUGGACUGCGGCUAGAAAUGCACCUGGAUCAUUUGCAUUGUUUGGAGGUAAUUCAUUUGCAAAGGAAUACAUCUUUGGUUUGAAGGAUUAUUCUACAGCAACAUGGACUCAAAAUUUUAUCACUUCGAUCUUCGGUGCCUCUGCUUCAUUAAUUGUGUCUGCUCCUCUUGAUGUGAUCAAAACAAGGAUUCAAAACAGGAACUUCGACAAUCCGGAAUCGGGUUUUACAAUUUUAAAGAAUAUGGCUAAAAACGAAGGGAUAACAUCCUUUUUCAAGGGUUUAACUCCUAAGUUGUUGACAACUGGCCCAAAAUUAGUUUUUUCGUUUGCCUUAGCUCAAACUUUGAUUCCUGCUUUUGAUAAACUUAUUAGGUAG